AUGGCUCCCUCUCAAUCCCCCGCCGCCAAAACCUACCUCCUCCUCUACAAUGCCAUCAGCGCACUUCUCUGGCUCCGUAUCCUCCUGACCGUGCUAACAGCGUAUUUCAAUUCCAACUCGCUACCAACUCUAUACACAGCCCUUGAGCCCCAAGCCAGAUGGACGCAAACACUAGCUGUCGUAGAGAUCUUACAUGCUGCAACUGGCCUUACCCGCUCCCCAGUCUUCCAAACUUUCACGCAGAUCUUCGCGCGUAGCGUGCAAGUCUGGGCGAUCAACUAUGCCUUCCCAUCUGUGACGGCAUCGUCAAUAGCUUACCCAGCUAUGCUCUUUGCCUGGUCUAUAGCAGAUACGGUGCGGUACUCCUACUUCGUGGUUUUGCUGGCCGGUUUGGAUGUUCCUGGGUUGUUGAAGUGGUUGAGAUACUCCCUCUUCAUUGCCCUGUAUCCAAUUGGGAUCACGGCUGAAUGGUGGUUAAUGUACCGCGCUACCAGUGUGACAAGCAGCUCCCUUGUUGCAGGGAUCUUUUACUUCUUUCUCGGGUUGUAUGCACCAGGUUCAAUUAUGAUGUAUUCGUACAUGCUCAAGCAGCGACGGAAAACGCUGGCGAAAUAG